AAUGGUCGCCGGAAUCGAGACUCGUUUCUUUGAAGGACCACCACACCAAAAAAGUCCACGCUAUUCCCUUACUGACUUUGACAGUGGACUCUUCAGGACUGUUGGUGAGAUUCUGGCCGUCAGUUUGGCACAAGGAGGUCCUGCCCCUACAUUUUUCAGCCAGUGGGCUUACAGUUACCUCUGCAAUGGGCAGAUCAACCCAACACAGCUGGAUAAAAAUACAGUGGCAGAUUCACAGUUGCGGUUACUGAUUGACCAGGUGGAAUCUUCAACUGAGCAGUCACUUCAGGGCCUUACUGAUGAGAUUUUAAACUGUGGAUUCACUGGAGCCAUCUCGGUUCAAAACAAGGAACCGAUUGUCCGAGCCAUUACACUUCAUGCUGUGCUUAGAUUGCAGCCAAUGUUGGAACAACUCAAGGAGGGUUUGCAGCUGUAUGGCCUCCACCUGCUGAUUAAGCAAUACCCAGAAAUCUGCCAGCCUCUCUUCGUCCUUGGGGGAGAUGUGAAAAAUCUGUGGCAAGAUCUGAAAACUGCUGUUCACAAACGCUGUCCAUCUAAUCUGACUGAGCUGGAGCAGUUUGGCAAAGAAGAAUGA